ACCGUUGAACAUGACCGCAGUCAUAUCUUGUUCUUUCGUCAACCUUCUCUAAUUCAACUUUCAACAACUUUCGCAAUUUAACACGAAGUCGACUUGACAUCGAGAAGGACGCUCGAAUCACAGUGACUGAGACGCACCUUACUUCCUUCUCUCUUUCUCACCUACCCAGGGUCGUCGCAUCAUGCCUCCCAAAGGUCUCUCCCCAGCAGCAAAACAGCAACAAAUCAUCUCUCAUCUCCGCUCCACACGUACAUGCCACACGCUCAAGGACCUAGAAAAGAUGCUCCCAUCUGUAGCCUCCAUCAACGGCAUGCAAGUGAAAGACUAUAUCCAAUCUCUCACAGACGAGGGUCAGCUACGCGUUGAGAAGAUCGGGAGCGGGAAUUGGUACUGGAUUUUUCCGAGCGAGGAGAAGAGAGAGAAGCAACGGGUUCGAGACGCGUUGCUUAAGGAGGUGAGCAGGGCUGAGAAAGGCGUGAAUGAGCUUGAAGCGCAGGUGGAUAAGGUCAGGAAGGAAAGGGAGAUGGAUCGUGACGCGGAUAGAGAGGAUCCUAAUAAGAGAGAAGAGUUGGAGGAGAGGCUUGGGGAGUUAGAGAGGGAGCUGAAGAAAUUGAAUGAGAGAGAGCAGAUGGUGCUCAAAGAUGGAGCGGGGAGUGUCAAAAAGAUGAGAGAGGAUGUCGGUAAUUGGAAGCAGGGUGCGAGUCUGUGGACGGAUAAUAUCUAUAUUCUCGAAGCGUAUUUGGAGAAGUUGGCUGGUGGAGAUCGGGAGGUCGUUGAGGCUGUCAAGAGGGAGUGUUAUGAAGAUGAAUAUAUUGAGGGAGAAGGGCUAAGAGAGCUUGAGUUGUGAGCUCUGUGGCGGAGUAUUUAUCAUAGUUGUUCUGAUGUAGGAACGUAGACGAUGGCUGAAUAUUGAUAUCGUUCAAGUCAGUCAUUUUCUUCUCUAUGGUCCCAAUCGGCUGGAACGUUAGAUAUCGCUGUCAUUAAAAGCGUUUCACCUAGGCCUGAUGCAUGUAAUAACAAGGUUGGCGUCCACGAGAAACAGUAUACAGGAGUUCUUACACGUAUGUAUAUGAGAUUCUGAUCUAGUCUCAACAAUCAUCGAUAUAACUAUGUGCAACGUAUCUUUAGAGUAUUUGAUAUAGACGGCAGUGCAGCGAUCUGCGUGUCAAUCGAUCAAUCGGAUACACUCCGCGUGGAUCCUGUCAUGAGCCGGAAAUGAUCGCCCUUUGGCAUGUCUAUCUACCAUAGAUGCUCCGUAUCAUGU